GAUGCUGUGAUCCCCAUGUACUGACUCAAGCAAGCCAUCAAAAAACCAACAAGAAUUUCUGCCUUCAGUAUUUUUAGGGAUAAAGGAGAGAGUUUGAAAUGGAAGCAUCCAACCAAUCUGCUGUGACAGAAUUUGUUUUGCUUGGCCUCUCUGCCCAUCCAAAACUAGAGAAAACGUUCUUUGUACUCAUCCUGUCUAUGUAUCUGGUGAUCCUGCUGGGCAAUGGGGUCCUCAUCCUGGUGACCAUCCUUGACUCCCGCCUGCACACGCCCAUGUACUUCUUCCUGGGGAACCUCUCCUUCCUGGACAUCUGCUACACAACCUCUUCAGUUCCUCUAGUCCUGGACGGCUUCCUCACUCCCAGGAAAACCAUCUCCUUCUCAGGCUGUGCCAUGCAGAUGUUCCUCUCCUUUGCCAUGGGAGCCACAGAGUGUGUGCUUCUGGGCAUGAUGGCAUUUGAUCGCUAUGUGGCCAUUUGUAACCCCCUUAGGUACCCUGUGGUCAUGAGCAAGGCUGUCUAUGUGCCCAUGGCUAUCAGCUCCUGGGUGGCUGGUGGAGCCAACUCCUUGGUGCAGAUCUCUCUUGCAGUACAAUUACCCUUCUGUGGGGACAAUGUCAUCAACCACUUCAUCUGUGAGAUCCUGGCUGUCCUGAAGUUGGCCUGUGCUGACAUCUCCAUCAAUGUGAUCAGUAUGGGGGUGGCCAAUGUGAUCUUCCUGGGGGUCCCAGUUCUGUUCAUCUUUGUCUCCUACAUCUUCAUCCUCACCACCAUCCUGAGGAUCCCCUCAGCUGAGGGGAGGAAAAAGGCCUUCUCCACCUGCUCUGCCCACCUCACAGUCGUGGUCGUCUUCUACGGAACCAUCCUCUUCAUGUAUGGGAAGCCCAAAUCCAAGGACCCCCUGGGGGCAGACAAGCAGGACCUUUCAGACAAGCUCAUCUCCCUCUUCUAUGGACUUUUAACUCCUAUGCUCAACCCCAUCAUCUAUAGUCUGAGGAACAAGGAUGUUAAGACCGCGGUGAGGUACCUGGUGGCUCAGAAACACUUCACCCAGUGA